UUCAAUAAGCGUUACACUCUUAGCUGCAUUCAACUCAUUAUCAAUCUCAUUACAACCUAUACUUACACACAAAUAUAUAUAUAUACAAGCAUAGUAAUCAUCACCCUUUUCAGCUUUCUCUCUCUAAACCCACAAAAACGCAGUGAUUUUCUACUUCUCUCUCUAGAAUAAGAACAUGGAUGUGGCUGUGAUUGAUUGGAAAGACUCAAAAUUUGUGAAAGAUGAAGCUUUGGAGAAUAUUAAUGCCCCUCAAUGGGUUGAUUUUAAUGCUCCUUUGCAACCUGUUGAUGAUGAUUCUUGGUUCUGUAAGCCAGAUUGUAAUCAUCCCAAGACAGUUGAUGAUUUUUUGAAGAACCCCCCUUCGAAGCUUCAAAGAUCAGCUAGUGUUUCGGAGAUACUUCCUUUUGGUGAUCGAACUCGAAGGGAGGCAGCCUUAAAGAAAAGAGGCCUUGUGCCUGCAUCUUCAGCUAAAGAAUCAAAGUUGGAAAAAUUGGCAGAGGACAGGGAGAAUCAGAACCCUAAUUUGUCAACCCCUCUAAAAUACAAAGCUAAGUUGAAGGAAGCAAUCAAAUCGAGUGCCGAGAAGCAGUUUGAAAGUAUUUCACUCAAGGAUGAAAAGCCGAAGCUCAAAAGUACUCUAUCUGCACGAAAUUUGUUUGCAGGAAGGGAUUUACUGAACCAGAUUUCUGAUUUUUGCUCCGACUUAAAGAAACUAGCAUUGAGGGCGAAAGAAAGGGAGAACAUGGAGCAUGAGAAUCUAAACAAGACUCCGGUGGCUGUACAAAUGUAUGAGGAGAAGGAAUGUUCGGACAGUAAACUGAAGAUCGCGGUGGAUGACAGAAAGCCAUUGCUUGAGGCUCGAAAGGAAAAAUCUGAAGUACUAGAGAAGAGCAAUGGCAAGGAAAAACUGAGAAGGAAAAUAAGAAAUGAAGAUACAGAGAAUACCCCUAUUGUUCUGGAUUUGAAGUAUAAAGGGUGCAAAGAAGAAAAUUUGGCACAAAUCCGAACAAAUCCUCCUUCUCCUCAAUGUUUUUCAGCUAAGCGUGGAGUCACAAGUGCUGCACUAACACCAACAGCUUUUAAACCGAGAACUCAGGAGAGGGGAAUACUUCAAGAACUGGAACUUAGGAAAGAUGUAAGGAAGGAUGCCGGGGACAGCAAAGGUACUCCCGGAAGAAUGGUUCCUCUUCCCGCAGAAAGAGAACCAGCAAAGACGUUGGAUGUUUUCUGGUUCCUGAAGCCUUGCACACUUGCUAGUUAGAAAAAGAAGAAAAAAAAAUACAACUGUCACAGACUCACAUGGUAGUCAAAAAUAGUCAUUCAAUUAUUCUUUCAUUCACUUAAUUUUGAUAAUUGUUAUUACUUGUGAAUUGUUUUUGAUAUGUUACUCCAAACAUUUUGGUUCAGUCUAUUUAAUAAUAUGAAAUUGUAAUUUGACAGAAGUAUCAAUAAUACAAUGAUAUAGUUUCUACAGAA